AUGGAUACCACAAAGCUCUGCAUUUUACUCUGUUCCAUCAGGAAAAGAAAUCACACACAACACAACCAAGAGAAUAGAACCAGGAGGCUAGCUUCAGAGAUGGCAGCCGAGGCGCUGGUGAGCGCUUCCACGGGGGUGAUGAACUCUGUCUUGGAGAAGCUGGCCACUUUGAUGGGGGACGAGUACACAAAGCAUAGGAGCAUGCAGCGGGAGGUGGCGUUCCUCAAGGACGAGCUUGGCAGCAUGGACGCUGUCCUCAAGAAGCUCGAGAACAUGGAAGAGGAGAUCGAUCCACAGACCAGAGAGUGGAAGAACCAGGUGAUGGAUAUGGCGUUUCACAUCGAGGACUGCAUCGACGACUUCAUGCAUGAAUCUGGUGAGGAUUCUAGCAGACCAGAUGUCGGAUUUGUUGGCAAGAUUGCUCACUACAUCAACAUGUUGAGAGCGCGUCACCAGUUUGCCAACCAAAUCCAGCAGCUGAAGGCAUGGGUCAAAGAUGUGAGUGAGCGUCGGAAAAGGUAUAAGCUCGAUGAGUGUGCCUCUAGUUCUAGCUAUGUAUCUGUAGAUCCUCGGAUGCCUGCGCUCUAUGUCGAGGCGGCCAACCUUGUUGGCAUGGAGGGUCCAAAAGAGGAUCUUAUCAACUUGUUGACUGACCAAAAGGCUGCAUCUGUCCAGCCUCUUAGAGUGGUUUCUAUUGUUGGGUUUGGGGGUCUAGGAAAAACCACACUUGCAAUUCAAGUAUACCAUGAGCUUGGAGGGCAAUAUGACUGCAAGGUUUUUGUGUCCAUAUCACAAAGACCUAACAUGAUGAAGCUUCUCGGUAGGAUCAUCAAAAAACUUAAGAUGCCACAAGCAACCCAUACCGAUGAGAUGCAAGAUCUCAUUGAAUACAUCAGAGAAUAUCUAAGAGAAAAAAGGUACUUUUUCGUCAUUGACGAUAUAUGGGACGAAUCAGUAUGGGGAAUUAUUCGUUGUGUGUUCCCAAAGAACCAACAAGGUAGCAAAGUUAUCGUAACCACAAGAAUUGAGAUGGUAGCUAAAGCAACCUGCAACUACCAGCAUGAGUUUGUUUACAAGAUGAGUCCUCUUGAUGAUCAAAACUCAAGAAAAUUAUUUUUCAGUCGAGUUGGACAGGUUGAUCUUCAGCCAUUAGAAGAGAUUUCAAUUGAAAUUCUAAAAAAAUGUGGUGGUCUCCCGCUAGCCAUUGUCAGUAUAGCUAGCCUUUUGGUCAGUCAGACAACUAGAUCAGUGACACAAUGGAAGUAUGUGUGCAAUUCUUUAAGCUCAAAUUUGAGAACAAACCCGACUUUGGAGGGGAUGAGACAAGUAUUGAACCUUAGCUAUAACAAUCUUCCUCAUCGUCUCAAAACAUGCUUGCUAUAUAUUGCCAUGUAUCCAGAGGAUUACAUUAUUAUGAAGAGAAAUCUUUUGAGGGAAUGGGUGGCUGAAGGUUUCAUCCCUAAAGUACAAGGCCAGGAUGCAGAUAUGGUCGCUGAAAGUUACUUUAAUGAGCUUGUCAAUAGGAGCAUGAUCCAACCUACUAAAAUUUGGUAUGAUGGACAGGUCAUAGAAUGUAAAGUUCAUGAUAUGAUUCUUGACCUAAUAAGACUCAAGUCGGAAGAAGAGAAGUUUCUUAGUGUGGCAGAUGAUCUACAGGGCAUAACUGCGGCAUUGCGGAGCAAGGUUCGUCGACUUUCCCUUCAGUUGGAUUAUGGAGCAAAUGAAGGCACAAUAGAAGCAAGCUUAAGCAUGCCACAUAUCCGAUCUCUUGGUAUUUUUGGCAAGUUUUGUUUCAAGUUCUCUAUGUAUGAACUCAAGUCAAUCCGAGUUCUGAAUGUGGAUUGUCAGGGUGCUGGCAUGGCUGAUAGGAUUGACCUCACACCAAUCUGUAAAUUAUUUCAUCUAAGAUAUUUGAGCAUCAUCAGCCACAAGGAAGAUAUGCCAACCCUUAUUCUGCCAAGCCUAAUUGGGGACCUGAAACAUUUGGAGACACUGAAAUUGGAUAUACAUAUUACUACUUCCAUGCCAUCUGAUAUUGUUGAUUUGCCUUGCUUGUUGCAUCUGUAUGUUCCUAUUGGAACAAGGCUACCUGAUGGAAUUCGUAGGAUGAAGGCCCUACGUACUCUGAGGUACUUUGAUGUGCACAUGAACUCGGUGGAUAAUUUAAUAGGCCUCAGUGAACUUACAAAUCUCAGGUCUCUUGAUUUUUGCUCUGAUCAUGAUAAACAAACCACUAGCCAACAUGGAAUUUCUAUGGGCAUUUUCUGGUGUUCCGUGUCCAAACUUAUGAGGUGCAAUCUGAGAAAUUUUCGGUCUGGUAGUAAGAUAUUUUCUCCUCAAUGUGUUGAGUUGGCUUCUCUGAUCACUAGCAAUACUGAGAGGAAUCUUGAGGAACUCCAUGUUGCAGCAACUUGGACGUUUUCAAGGGUUCCAAUUUGGAUCGGUCAACAUCAAAAGCUCUGCAUGUUGGGAAUUACCGUUGAGAAGCUGAUGCAGGAGGAUAUUGAUUUGCUCGCAGGGUUACCUAAUCUACUGUACCUAUGGUUGUGGAUAAGAAAAUCGCCAGGAAAAAGGAUUAUCAUCGGUGGUGGUGCGGUGACAUUCCGGGUUCUCAAAUAUUUGAGAAUCACGUGCUUCACCCCGUGUCUAACCUUCAUGGCAUGGGCGAUGCCCGAACUCCAAAACUUGGUUCUGGAAAUCCAUGAGCAAGGGGUGGAGCAUCUCGGCCCCUCGGCCAUUAAGGGCGUGGAGCACCUGCCGAAUCUUAGGCAAGUUGACGUUGGUAUUUGCUUUGAGCGAGCGGAUACAGAGUCACAAAGAAGGGCUGCCGACGCGGAGGCUAUCUUGACGAAUGCCCUCAGCGUCUCUUCAGGACACCCAAGCAUCAAGAUGAGGCUUGAAGAUGGCAUGAAAUAUUUUAAACUUUCAUGUGCCAGUUCAGAUGGGGGUGAUGAGGUGGCGAGGCAACCGAACGAUGCAGUUGAUGGAUCUGCCGAGGCAGCCACACAUGCUCCAUCAAUCACCGCUGGUAGAUGA